AUGCGGGUAUUUCACAUUGUUUCUUUGCAAUUAAUCUUGCUUGCAUUUGCAAGCCUAGUUCGUUCAUUUCAAUUCACAAACACGGCCUUUAACCCAGUAUUAGGACAGCAGUUUACGAUCACUUGGGUUAAUUCAACCGGCUCCGUUACUCUUCAUCUAGCACCCAUUCAAUAUUAUAAUGAAAGUGUUUCGCUAGCCAGCGCGGUAUCCAUAGGAGUUGCAACAUCGGGAAAUUCAUUAACUUGGACUCCGGACAAAUCACUUCAAGCUGGAGUUUAUAAGAUAUUUUGGGUUCCUUCGGAUAAUACUCAGCCUGAAGUAGACAGCCCGACAUUCACGCUCGGUCAAAUGCCUGCUGGCUCUUCUACCAAUACAAGUAGCGCAAACAACGGUCAGACUAGCUCAACCGGCGCAAGCUCAACCACUCCACUCCCUGCUAGUCCCACCGCAGCAAUCGUGGAAGCAGCUUCAGCUUUGACUUCACCAAUGAGCACUCAGCCCGCAUCCGAUCCCUCCAAUUCCCUCACAUACACCAUAAAAAUCAGUAUCUCCGUCAGUAUAAUCCUCGGCGUAACACUCAUCAUGGUCAUUGCCUUCAUACUCAUCCGACGUCGCCGCUAUCUAGCAUCUACGCCUCGGACAAAGAGACAACUCACUACGAAAGAAAUCGCAGAUGAUAAUGAUUCUUGGGAUGGAGAACGUCAGUUUGAACCCGGCUUACCUACUGAGUCAGAGGCUGCAACGAGAUCGUAUGUUGAUUUGGUGAAGAAGAAACAUGUGAGUGUUAAUGCAGAGCCAGUGGAGAUGGAUGCAUAUUUUGUUGAGAGGAAUGUGAAAGGUGGGAAUGGGAUAGAUGAGCGGAACGACAGACGGAAGACGAGAGAAACGGAUAUGGGACUGGGACUAGGAUUGGGAGACGUAGAAGAGCUGGUUGAACCCCGAGAAUUGGAUGUGGGAAAUUCCGGGACGAUCUACGGUGAAGGAAAAAUUGGCCAUCGGUUUAAUGUACGAGAUAAUGUUAAUAUUAUUGGAAUAUGA